AUGAGCGAGGACAGGAGCGAGGAGGAUCCCAUAAUGGACCUCUGGUACUCGAACUGGGAGCAACAGUGCGUCGAGGGCAUCGAGGCCGAGCCCGAUUACGAGGGCCAGCUACACUCCGAGAAGGAGCUCUACUCCCAGCAGAUCUGGACCACCUUUCAGACCACCGCCUCCGCCAUCGCCCAGCUCUACAAAGAUCGCUCGCAGGGUGCCUCGCUUUGGUUGCCUUUCCAGACUGCCGCUGGCACCGUUACGUCGUUGUACAAAGAUUCCAUGGACGGGAUGCGGAGGUGCAGCGAACUGGGCAUAGAAACGGGAAGGCAGAAGCGCAGCAAAGAAAUUAUGAACUGGGCUAGGAAGAAACGGCGGAUGAUUCGUAGGGAAGAUCUCCUGGCGUAUCUCGCUGGGAAACCACCUCCGCCACGACCGCAUUCUCACAGGAGUUCUCCUAAGCCUCGUAUGAUGGUCUGCGGUUCUCCCCCUUCCCAGAGUCCCACGCCGAGUAUGGUAGUCACGCCGACUCCGACAGUUUGCGACGACACGGACCCUGAGCUGCAUACUUUUCGAGAAGCGAUCGCCUUGUCAGGGUCACCGGUGUCGCGGCGCACAGGAAGGCAGGCCGAGCUGUCUGCCUUCAUAAGUAGCGAGUUCGCUCGACACCACAAACGACCCGCCUCCCACGACGUGGACAUGGGCUCUCCGACGCACAAACGGUCGCGUUUCAUGUAACAGCGCGCUAUGUGUGUAAAGUAGAGCGACUCGCCCCUUUGUUCCCUAUUAAUUAAUUAAUUGGUCGAUCAGUUAAUUACUAAUCGUUCAGCCCUCCGUUGUGGUUCCCGGCUCAGCAGGCCAUGACUCUUUUUGGUCGGAGUGCAUCUUAACGUAUAUAGCCGACCUCUGGAUCCGAAGUGUCCAAGAUACUCGGAUGCCCUUGCAAACACCAAAGAAACGUUCCAAACACAUCUAAACGUCCCAAAAGGUAGCAGGGUAUGUACGGAGUGACAUAUUAAAAAGCAAACUCACUCGUACGAGUCAGGUGACAGAAAUUGACAGUUGUGCAUCGACCACCGUCGAAUGACAUCCAAGCAACUGUCAAGUCUAUAUCCAAUGUUCCAAUGGACGUAGCUCGAUAAGAAAUCGAGCCACGUGGAGUUCGUAGUGACGUUUAAGAGAAAACUAGGACCAUCGAUUACAUCCCCUGCGAAAGGUAACGUACCUCCACCUCUCGACUCGAGUAAACUUUCCUCCUUUGUUUGACUUCCUUGCUUUUUGACGGCUUCCUUUGUGUGCAAAUUAAUAGAAAGGCAAUUUCUAUACUUGGGAAAAAGAGAGAAAGGAAAAAAAAGAAAUAUGUAACGAAGCACCCUGAAUCGCGAAAGAAACGGUCGAAGGGGGUGGAGGGAACGUCAAGGCGUAAACCCGUUGACAGUGACAGCCCUGUCAACGCGUUCUUGGGAAAUGGCCGGUGAACCACCUCGGACUAUCAAACUAGACUUCGUAGACUUUUGCGGCCCCUUGUAUAAAUUAGGUUUAAGCCACGAUUACCUUUUGCGGGAAGCAAUUGAUUUUCGGAGGUGCGAAGGUCACGGCAGAUUGUCGAGAAGUCGCGUCCAACUUGGGAUCCGAAGGAGGUGAACGGAUAAGGACACAAAAGGAAAAAAAAAGAAAAAAAUAGAAGAAUAGGAAUGAGAAAUUUAGUGGAUCAAAAGGGGAGAGAUAACCGGGCGGAAUCGUAACUAGAAAAUGAGAGAGAGAAAGAGGGAAAGCAAGAGCUGUCAGAAUUGACAGGCUCGCUGUCGGGACCUCCUUCGGAAGGUGGACAUAUUGUUUUUCUUGUUUUUUUUUUAUUAUUUUUUUUUUUCAAAUUUUUCAUUCUCGUUUGUUUUCCCAUAUUCGUGACUUUCCGAGAAAAACGGACCCCCCCCCCCUCCCCCCCUUCCGGAAGCUAACAAGGAGUUUGUUAUUGAUUUGUAAAUAUAGCGAGUACGUCGAUUACGAUAAGCGGUUAAUGAUAGUACUAGGGAUAUGACAGCUGGGUCGGCGGGAGGAUCGGCGAUGUUGGCCCAGGCCAUGGUUCGCGAUUCGAGACGUCCGAUGACCUUCAUUUAGCGAAACGAGCUCGGGGAGGUUUAUUUAAAAUUGUCAACUGCCCCCCCCCCCUCCCCUUAUUUUAAUCGAUUUUUAGUAGGCAAUUUUGUAUCCCACUUAGCCGGAAUUUCCGUAGAAUCUGAGAAAAAGUGCGAAUCUCCUAUGUAUUGUGUCCCGCGAUCGUAUCGCCGCGCUUUAGUUGAAAGACACACCCCCCCCGAAGAGGUCCAUCCCCCGUCCACCCUGGCGGUAAUAUUAAUAUCACUAUUAAUAUUGAUUACUAUUCGAUAGCUUUAAUCGCGCUCUAUUUAUCGAUCCUAUUAAAAGAAGGAGGGAGAGAACGACCGGUCGGCGCGUUGGGACGAAGGGAAAUUACGAGGAAGCCGUUCUUUGUGUUUUACGCCCCGGCGAGGAGGGGAAAAUGUCGGAAAACGAGGAAAAAAGGAAAGAAAAGAGAGAGAGGAGGAAGGAAAGGGAGGAAAACCUCCGGGGAUAGAGUGCGUCCUCUCGUCGCGUUUUUCUCGACUCUUAAGCUCGUCUUCCCGUCGUUCUGUAAUCCGGCUAACCGGAGGGAAAUUGUUUAUUGCAUUGUCUACUCGUUAAUCCACUUAGAGAUGGACCGAAAAAGGAAGGGGAAAAAAGGGAAAACGGAAAGGGCGAGGUAGGAAGGUCCUGACGGCUGGUACGAUCUCUAAGAUCCGAAAUUUCAAGGAGACCUCGCGGUUGCAAUCGUAGUCCUCGGUAUCGAUUCGAUGACCUCUUUGUUUUCUUUUUGUUACCUUUUUUUUUUUUAAUUUUUAUAUAUAUAUAUUUUUCUUUUUCUCUAUCGAAGGUCUCCCAUCGUUCGCGCGUCGUUCGAUCGAUUUAAAUCGUUUCCCCCCUCCCGGUUUUUUUUUUCCUAGAAAAAAAAGGAAAAGAUAGAAAGAAGAGAGAACUAGGAUCUCCUAACUUUUCGACCGCUCGACCUUCUGCGAGGAUUUUCAAUUUCCUCUCGCUGAUAAUGUCGCACCCCGGAGAGGAAUCCGCGGCUCCGAAUGGAAAAGCCAAGGGCGAACAUUAAACGGGCGUAAAGGAAGAAAAAGGGAAAUGCGAAGAAGAAGAAACGAAAGAAAAAGAAAAAAAAGAGAAAAGGCGAAACCAAGGGGCGGCACGUCGCAGGGAAGAUCACCGAAAACCGCCACCGUGACUUUACCCCGUGGGGAGGGGGUGGGAAGAAAAUGAAAAUGAAAA